UAUUGAAAACAUGACAGAGUUCAGACCUGAGAUGUGUGUGGACGCAGGCCAGCAGGGAUUGAUGCAAUGGUUGUUGAAAAGACUGAAGUCAAAGUUGGCAUUUGAUGCUAACAAGCUUUACUGCAGUGAAAUCCUAGCAAUUCUUCUACAGGAUACUCUAGAAAAUCGUGAGCUGUUAGGUGAAAUUAAUGGAAUAGAUUCCUUACUUCAACGUCUCGCUGGUUUUAAACGGCACGAUCCAUCAAAUACCGAAGAAAUAGAGAUGAUGGAGAACCUGUUCAACUGCUUGUGCUCGGCAUUGUUGCUGCCAUCAAACCGAGCCAGGUUUCUGAAAGGGGAGGGCGUUCAGCUGAUGAACCUUAUGCUGAGAGAGAAGAAGUUAUCACGGUUCAGCUCGCUCAAAGUUUUAGAUCAUGCUAUGACAGGGGAGGAGGGAGCUGAAAAUUGUAACAAAUUUGUUGAGAUCCUUGGUUUACGGAGUAUUUUCCCAUUGUUCAUGAAAACACACAAGAAACAGAAGAAAAAAGGGGGGAUAAGUGAGGAAGAUCAUGAAGAACAUGUAUGUUCCAUCAUUGCAUCAAUGUUGAAGAAUUGCUCAGCUGCAAACAAACAGAGAGUGAUCAAUAAAUUCACAGAAAGUGACCAUGCCAAAGUUGACCGCCUGAUGGAGUUACACUUCAAGUACUUGACCAGAGUCCAAAGUGUUGAUGACAGGAUUGAAAAAGAAAAACAGGUAUUGUUUUAUCUACUUCAUUUUACACCGUGGUUUGUUAAAUCAAGAAAAAAUAACAGCUAAACAAAGGCCGGAUGA